UAUCCGAACAUCCCAUACUUUCCAUUCCUAACGUUUUAUCGUCCACUCUAGUGUAGUAAGAUGGCCAAACUUUAUAUUGGUAAUGUUGAUAAGCACACCGACAAGCACGAGCUGGAGACGGAGUUUGCUAAGUUCGGAGCUCUGAGAGAAGUCUGGGUUGCCCGACACCCUCCUGGAUUCGCUUUCGUCGAGUUCGAGGAUGACAGAGACGCAGAAGAUGCCAUCAGAGAAAUGGACGACAGGAGUGUUUGUGGCAACAGAAUCAGAGUAGAGUGGGCCAAGUCUAACGGCAGAAAACCCCCUCCUCGAGACAGAGGUGGUUUCAAUGGCAAACGAAAAUCCAGGUCUAGAAGCCCACCCCGAAAGAGGCGCAGUCCUCCUCCAAGACGACGAUCCCCAUCUCCAAGAAGACGAUCUCCUUCCCCCAAACGAUCCUCUCCGAGACGAUCUCCUAGACGAUCUGCCUCCCCCCGGCGAGCAGCAAGUCGUAGUCCACGAAGGAGUCCUGACAGAGAGAUGUACCGCGGCGGCAGCCCCAGCAGAAGAGGUGGCAGCCCCAGAUACGACGAUUACAACAGAUAAAAAGUCCAAAGCUACCAUACCCUUCCAAGGCUGAACUCAAUUUAUUCGGGCUGAACAUCUUUUCUGUAUAUCCGUGGACUAAGUUUUAAUGGUUACGAAAAACGUUAC